AUGAGAUCUUCAAUACAGUGAGAGAAGAAGAAGAAGGAGCAGAAGAUAUUUUUGAAUAUUUUCCUCAUCUUCUGAGAAAGCUCCCAACGUUUGAUACAGACUGUCUAUGCAAAGGUGAUGGUUUUUGUGUAAAACCAUGCGUAACAGGUGCUUACUGUCAAUAUCGUGCCACUUUACAGAGGACUGCACUCUCUAACUAUGUAACUGGUGCUUUACUAGAAGCAACUACAUCAUUAGGUGCAAGAAGUGGUCUUUUGAAUAUCUUUGGAGGAUCAACUGGAAGAACAAUGCUUAAAGAACGUCAAGCGUGUACAUCUAUGGCUGGCUCCAGCGUCCUUCCCUCCAACGUGGCUGGUAUCAGCAAAGAGCUGAUCGAACUGCAACACCUCAUCCAGUUCCCAGAGGAGGUUGCCAGCAUUCUGACCGAGCAGGAGCAGGAGCUCUACCGGAAAGUCUUACCCAUUGACUACCUCUGCUUUUUAACCAGGGAUUUGGGUAAUGGUGAAUGUCAAAGCAAGCUGCCAUCUAUUAAAGCUUCCAUAUCUGCUACUAUUCUUUCUUCCCCAAAUGGUGAACAUAAUGCUGUAGAAGAUCUUGUGACAAGGUUUAAUGAGGUGAGCUUGUGGGUUACCUGGCUGAUCCUAACUGCAGGUUCUAUGGAGGAGAAACGAGAAGUCUUCUCAUAUUUAGUACAUGUGGCAAAAUGCUGCUGGAAUAUGGGCAACUACAAUGCUGUAAUGGAAUUUCUGGCAGGACUAAGGUCAAGAAAAGUUUUAAAAAUGUGGCAAUUUAUGGACCAGUCUGAUAUUGAAACCAUGCGAAGUCUGAAAGAUGCUAUGGCACAACAUGAGUCAUCAUCUGAAUACAGGAAAGUGGUCAACCGGGCACUCAAUAUUCCAGGCUGUAAAGUCGUUCCUUUCUGUGGUGUAUUUUUAAAAGAGCUUUGUGAAGUUUUGGAUGGAGCAUCAAGCCUCAUCAGACUCUGUCCACGGUAUAACUCCCAGGAUGAAACAUUAGAGUUUGUUUCAGAUUACAGUGGACAAGAUAAUUUCUUGCAACGAGUAGGCCAAGAUGGUUUAAAUAAUCCAGAAAAAGAAUCAACAGCAAACAAUAUCUUUCAAACUAUUCGGAGCUGCAAUCGCAGUUUGGAAUCUGAAGAGGGUGAAGAUAAUUUUAGUGAAGGGAGAGAUUCAAGAAAAAACUCUUUGAAGGACAAGAACCGGUACCAUGCAGCCCAUGUAAAGAAAGCUUCUGAUUCAAAGCGAGCCCUGUUUAUAAUUGGAGAUCUUUCAGAUUCUGAAAGUGAUAUAUUUGAGCAGUUGAAGGAGUGGGACACAAAUUCAACAGAAGAGCAACAAAAGGCUUUCUGCCAUGGGAUAGAACUCAUUCCCUGGUACGUGUUAUCUAUCAGGGCUGAUGUCCAUCAGUUCAUGCAACAAGGGGCAACCGUCAUUCAUUACGACCAGGAGACACAUCUCUCAGCGCGUUGCUUUCUUCAACUUCAGCCUGACAAUAGUACUUUGACUUGGACAAAACCCACAACGGUGUGCCCUGCAAAUGCUAAGGCAAAACUGAGUGUGCUGGGUAACGCUGCUGAGCUUGGUAAAUACCAGUUUCUUGGUAAUACUGGACUAGUGGAAGGUUUUUUGGACUUGUUUUCAGCCAAGGCUGUAUAUAUGGGACACUCUGGCAUUGAUAUGCACACUGUGUGUGUUCAAAAUAAACUUUGUAAUAUGUCCCUAGAAGAAAAUGGUAUAACACUACUUUAUGGACUUCAGACUACUGAUAAUAAGUUGCUGCACUUUGUUGCUCCAAAAUAUACUGCCAGAAUGCUAUAUGAUGGAUUGCUGGAAUUGACUAAAGCUGUAAGGAAAAUGAGGAGAUUCCCUGAUCAAAGACUACAGUGGCUACGGAAACAGUAUGUCAGCCUUUACCAGGAGGAUGGAAGGUUUGAAGGCCCAACCUUGGCUCAGGCUGUUGAACUGUUCGGAGGCAGACGAUGGAGUGCAAGAAACACAAGCACGGGAACUCUCACCAAAAGCACCGAGAAACCUAGUGUACAGAGAAACAACACUCUGGGAAUAAGCGCAGCUAAGAAAAAGAAGAAAGUACUCAUGAGGGGUGAAAGUGGAGAGGCCACUGAUGAUGAAAUGGCAACUCGGAAGGCAAAAAGCUGUAAGGAAUAUCGUAAUAGAAGCGGUUCGGAUCCUCAAGAUGUUGAUGAACAAGAACCAGAUCAAAAUAUUAUUAUUAAUGCUCCUCCAUCUAACAACCUGCCAUCAAGAAGGGCUCACUCUCUGACAGUAUCUGGAUCUCCUAAUUUAGGAGCUACAUCAUCUUCACCAGCAAGACCAGUCUCCUCUCCUGUAAUGUCUUCAAGCAAGAGUCAGUCUAGCACAUGGAGCAGCAGUAGCUGGCAUGGCCGCGUUAAAGGAGGAAUGAAGGGGUUUCAGAACUUCAUGGUGUCUGAUAGUAACAUGACUUUUGUGGAAUUUGUAGAGCUCUUCAAAUCUUUCAGUGUCCGUAGCCGCAAGGAUCUGAAAGACCUUUUCGAUGUCUAUGCUGUGCCUUGCAAUCGAUCUGGUUUAGACCCUGCUCCACUUUACACUAAUUUGAAGAUUGAUGAAAAUAGCAGUGGAUUCCAGCCUGAUUUAGAUUUGUUGACUAGGAACGUUUCAGACCUUGGUUUGUUCAUUAAGAGCAGGCAGCAACUAUCAGACAACCAGAGGCAAAUAUCUGAUGCUAUUGCUGCUGCUAGUAUUGUAACCAAUGGUACUGGUAUUGAAAGCACAUCACUGGGAAUAUUUGGAGUAGGAAUCCAGCAGCUGAAUGACUUCCUAGUGAAUUGCCAAGGAGAACACUGCACCUAUGAUGAAAUCCUCAGUAUUAUCCAGAAAUUUGAACCCAGUGAGAAUAUGUGCCAGCAGGGGCUGCUAUCUUUUGAAGGAUUUGCAAGAUUUUUGAUGGAUAAAGACAACUUUGCCUCCAAAAAUGAUGAGUCACAAGAGAAUGCUGAGGACUUGCACUUUCCGCUGUCAUAUUACUACAUAGAAUCUUCACACAAUACUUACCUUACUGGCCAUCAGCUUAAAGGGGAGUCCUCAGUAGAGCUCUACAGCCAGGUUCUUUUACAAGGCUGCAGAAGUGUAGAAUUAGACUGCUGGGAUGGCGAUGAUGGAAUGCCUAUCAUUUAUCAUGGGCACACUCUUACUACUAAGAUCUCUUUUAAGGAGGUAGUUGAAGCCAUUGAUCGCAAUGCAUUUAUCACCUCCCACAUGCCAAUUAUCAUAUCAAUAGAAAACCACUGUUCAUUGCCUCAGCAACGCAAGAUGGCUGAAAUUUUCAAGAAUGUAUUUGGAGAUAAGCUGGUAACAAAGUUUUUAUUUGAGAGUGACUUUUCUGAUGAUCCCAUGCUUCCUUCGCCUGGCCAACUGAAAAGAAAAAUCCUGCUUAAAAACAAGAAGCUGAAAGCGCAUCAAACACCAGUGGAUAUAUUGAAACAAAAGGCUCACCAGCUGGCACAUAUGCAAGCACAGGCUAGCAAUGGUGCUAGCAACUCCACACCUACCAAUGAAGAGGAAGAAGAUGAAGAGGAUGAAUAUGACUAUGACUAUGAAUCUCUCUCUGAUGCUGAUGUCCUUAGUGCUUCUCCUGCUCCUAACAGCCAGGAAGAUAACAUUCUCGAAGACCGACCUGAGAAUAAAUUACCAAGUGAUAAACUGCAGUUUGAAUAUAAUGAAGAGACUGCCAAACGAAUAAAGAAGGCUGAUUGUGCUACUUACAAUAAUAAAGGAAAGGUGUAUGACAUGGAGCUGGGUGAAGAAUUCUAUCUUCUGCAAAAUAAGAAGGAAAGCAGACAGAUAGCCCCAGAGCUGUCAGAUCUUGUCAUUUACUGUCAAGCGGUAAAGUUCCCUGGCUUGUCAACUCUAAACCCAUCUGGCUCUAGCAGAGGAAAAGAAAGAAAAAGCAGGAAGUCCAUUUUUGGCAACAAUCCUGGCAGGCUGAGCCCUGGGGAGUCAGCUGCUCUUGCCAAAGCAUCUGGAAAAGGUCCUUUCGAUGUGAUGCGGCAGACCUGGGAAGAUCCUUGCUCUCCUUACAACUCUCCAGCUUCUCUCAGUGCUAUCAUAAGGACACCCAAGUGCUAUCAUAUCUCCUCCCUGAACGAGAAUGCUGCUAAGCGGCUGUGCAGGCGGUACUCUCAGAAGCUGAUCCAGCACACCACUUGUCAGCUCCUGAGGACCUACCCCGCUGCCACGCGCAUUGACUCCUCAAAUCCCCAUCCACUGAUCUUCUGGCUCCAUGGCGUACAGCUCGUGGCUCUUAACUACCAAACAGAUGAUCUUCCUCUGCAACUUAAUGCAGCGAUGUUUGAGGCUAAUGGCGGCUGUGGAUAUGUUUUGAAACCUCCUGUUCUGUGGGAUAAAAAUUGUUCCAUGUACCAGCAGUUUUGUCCGUUAGAAAGAGAUCUUGAUAAUAAGGAGCCAGCUAUAUAUUCUUUAACAAUUGUGUCUGGACAGAACGUCUGCCCUAGCAAUAGCACGGGCAGUCCGUGCAUUGAAAUCGAUGUGCUGGGGAUGCCUCUGGACAGCUGCCAUUUCCGGACGAAGCCCAUUCAUCGCAACACUCUCAACCCCAUGUGGAAUGAACAGUUCCUUUUCCGUGUUCACUUCGAAGAUUUGGUCUUUCUUCGGUUCGCAGUUGUUGAAAAUAACAGCUCAGCUGUAACAGCUCAGAGAAUCAUUCCCCUAAAAGCUCUAAAAAGAGGCUAUAGACAUGUCCAGCUCCAUAACCUGCACAAUGAAGCAUUAGAAAUUUCUAGUUUGUUCAUAAACAGUCGGAGAAUGGAAGAAAGUCCCUCUGGAAACACUCUGCCUGCAUCUGUGUUGUUUAGCAUGGGGGAAAGGAAAGCUGCUGCGACCUACAAAGUGACGAUUCAUGGAAUUCCAGGCCCGGAGCCUUUCACUGUUUUUAAUGUAAGUGGGGGGACCACGGCUGCACAGCUUCUCCAUCAGCUCUUGGCUACCACAAAAGGCACCGAGUCAUGUGCUGCAGACUAUUUUCUGAUGGAAGAGAAAAGUUUUAUAUCAAAAGAAAAGAGUGAAUGCAGAAAACCACCAUUCCAGAGAGUGAUUGGUCCUGAAGAAGGGCUAGUGCAGCUUUUGAACAGUUGGUUCCCAGAAGAAGGAUAUGUUGGAAGGAUUAUCUUUAAAACCCGAGAGGAAAAUUUAAACGAGAGAAACCUCUUUCAAGAAGCCAAGGAAGAUGCAGCCAUCAGCUCUGAGGAUGACAGUUUCUUUGUUCAGGUACAUGAUGUCUCCCCAGAGCAACCACGCACUGUCAUCAAAGCUCCCCGCUUUAGCACAGCUCAGGAUGUCAUACAGCAGACUCUUUGCAAAGCCAAAUACUCCUACAGCAUUUUGAGCAAUCCAAAUCCAAGUGAUUACGUGCUCUUGGAAGAGGUGACGAAAGAGCCGGCAAACAAAAAGUCCUCAACAUCUAAACCAUCUCAGAGGAUUCUCUCUGAUCAAGAGUGUGUGUUUCAGGCCCAAAGCAAGUGGAAGGGAGCAGGAAAAUUUAUCCUUAAACUCAAAGAACAGGUUCAGGCAGCACGAGAUGACAAAAGAAAAGGCAUUUCCUUCACCAGUGAACUCAAGAAGUUAACCAAGUCAAGCAAGCAGUAUCGGGGAUUCAUAUCGCCACCUCUGCAGGUCUUGCCGGACAGUCCACAGAGCAAGGAUGAAAGGUCUGCCUGCAGUUUGACUUUUAGUGACAUUAUGGAAUAACCCCCACCACUGCCUACAGAACGGUCUGUUCAGUGCCUUUGAAGGAACCUGCUGCGGUCUGAACUGGUCAGCAAUUGUGUGCCCUGUGCUAUAGAUGCUUAAUCCAGGCAAUGCUGCUGGAUUAACAUCCAGAAUCUGGGAAUCCUGAGUGGGAUGUCGUAGAUUGGAAAGAUGCCUGUCAGCUAUCGGAAAAAAAACUUCCCGUAUCUUCACAUCUGCAGGUUCUCGAUCGGCGGAUGAAGAAGUUUUCUUGGACUGUAUGUUGUAAACAAACGUGUUGUUGCCCUCCCCUUUUUAAACAAAAGAUAAUUUUAGCGACUUGCCUCUAGGGAAGCUGAAGGCAGGGAACCAGAGUGUUCUUUUAUGUGUAUUAUAUUUAAAUAAUGCACUUUUACCUGAAGAUUUCUGUUAAACACUGUGUUAAGUGAUUGUAAAGAGAUUUAAAUAUACUGUAACUUCCUUCGCAUAUCUGUUUAACUUUGAACAUACACAAAACGCUCUAAUUAUUUAUGGUUUAUCUACUUUAACAAAAUAAUGUACAAUAGGUAAGUACACCUAACUGGUAGUGAUACUUUGACAAGGAACAACAUUUUCUUCGUAUAGAUUCUAGUUUUCCAGGCUUGUGUUUAAAGAAAAAAUAUUUAUUAUCACGUUCCAAAGUACAUGCCAUUGUAUAAUAUAUUUAUCAUAUACUACUUCUCGGAAAAUGCAGAAUUUUUACCUCUCUCUGGAUUUAGAGGAGAAAAUGUUUGAACUUUUCUGGCUGUUUCUUUUCAGCACAAGACGUUUAAUACCCCAAACUGACCAAACUCAAAAUGCGUUUGAAUUCAAAAUACAUUUUUCCAUACAGUCAGGAAAUGUCUUUUUACUUCUCUGUUAAACCCAGAGAGUAUAAAGAACCCUUACACUAUAACUCUUGACAUUUUUGUUUACACAGAAACACUGUUACAAAGUUUUAUGUUUGCUGAAUUCAUCUGUUGAUAUUUAAGUUAGUUGUGGUUGUCUCUUUUUUUUCUCCAUGGGAGUUAUUAAUGUGCUUAGUUAGUUAAAACAACCCACACCAACUUACAGGGGCACAAAUGAAACAAUCGCUGAAAUCAGUCAUGCCUUUGACUUCCCACAAGGAGUGUAUCUAUUGGUGGUGAAGAAAUUUGUCUGCAUGCGUUUUGUCUCCCUAGAGCAAUCCCUAAAGAAAGCAUUUCAGUUACCUGGUGGGACUAAAUCAAGAAAUCCAUUAAUACAGGGAGUGAUUCAUGCACUCAGUUAUUCCACAUCAACUUUAGCACUCGAGCACGAAAUGCUGCUGCUCCUAAGAGAGAAACUGCAUCAGGCAAAGAAUAAAACAGCAGUGUAACUAAAAUGAGGUUUACUUUUGAUAGCGCAAGGACGACAGGGAAAGACGUUACAGGCUGUAGUCCCGUGACAACCAACACAGCCCCCCCCCC